AUGUCGCUCGGUCACGUGUCCGGGCUGCCGUCGGUGUCCGCCGGGCUGCCCGGUAGAGGCCGCUCCCCUCCCCCGCCCCAGCCUCGCGCCUGCGUAGCGCUUCCGGUGCCUAAAGGUGUGCCACGGAGCAGCUCGCCUGCCUGUCAGUGUAAUUAUAUCGCCCUCAUCUCUACCCGGCCAAGUGGGCAGUUUGCAGUCGUGAAGAAAUGCCAUGAGAAAAGCACUGGUCUACAGUAUGCUGCCAAAUUUAUCAAGGAAAGGCGGACAAAAUCCAGCCGGCGGGGCGUGAGCCACGAAGACAUCGAGCGGGAGGUCAGCAUCCUGAAGGAGAUCCAGCACCCCAGUGUCAUCACCCUGCAUGAGGUCUACGAGAACAAGACAGAUGUCAUCCUGGUUUUAGAACUCUUUGCAAGUGGUGAGCUGUUUGACUUCUUAGCUGAAAAGGAAUCUUUGACCAAAGAGGAAGCCACUGAAUUUCUCAAACAAAUUCUAGAUGGUGUUUACUACCUACACUCCCUUCAGAUCGCCCACUUUGAUCUUAAGCCUGAAAACAUCAUGCUUUUGGAUAGAAAUGUCCCCAGACCUCAGAUCAAGAUCAUCAACUUUGGGUUGGCCCAUAAAAUUGACUUUGGAAAUGAAUUCAAAAACAUAUUUGGGACACCAAAGUUUGUUGCUAAGUUUCUUUACUCCUCUCCUGAGAUAGUCAACUGUGAACCUCUGGGUCUUGAGGCAGAUAUGUGGAGUAUUGGGGUAAUAACCUAUAUUCUCCUAAGUGGGGCCUCUCCCUUUCUUGGAGACACUAAGCAAUAAACAUUAGCAAAUGUAUCUGCUGUCAACUAUGAAUCUGAGGAAGAGUAAUUCAGUAAUACCAGUGCCCUAGCCAGAGAUUUCAUAAGAAAACUCCUCAUCAGAGAUCCAAUGAAGAGAAUGACAAUUCAAAAUAGUUUGCAGCUUCCCUGGAUCAAGCCUAAAGAUUCCCAACAAGCACUUAGUAGAAAAGCAUCGGCAGUAAACAUGGAAAAAUUCAAGAAGUUCGCAGCCCGGAAAAAAUGGAAACAAUCUGUCUGCUUGAUAUCACUGUGCCAAAGGUUGUCCCGGUCGUUCUUGUCCAGAAGUAACAUGAGUGUUGCCAGAAGUGACGACACUUUGGAUGAGGAGGAUUCCUUUGUGAUGAAAGCCAUCAUCCAUGCCAUCAACGACGACAACGUCCCAGGCCUGCAGCACCUCCUGGGCUCAUUGUCCAACUAUGACGUCAACCAACCCAACAAGCAUGGGACACCUCUGUUACUUAUUGCUGCUGGCUGUGGGAAUAUUCAAAUACUACAGUUGCUCCUUAAAAGAGGCUCAAGAAUCGAUGUCCAGGAUAAAGGUGGCUCCAAUGCCAUCUACUGGGCCUCACAGCAUGGCCACGUAGAGACCUUGACAUUUCUCAGUGCGAACAGAUGCCCUUUGGAUGUUAAAGACAAGUCUGGAGAGACAGCCCUUCACAUGGCAGCUUGCUAUGGCCACGCGGAUGUGGUUCAAUUACUGUGCAGCCUCGGCUCUAACCCCAAUUUCCAGGACAAGGAAGAAGAACCCCCUCUGCACUGUGCUGCCUGGCAUGGCUGUUACUGUGUGGCCAAAGCCUUCUGUGAAACAGACUGCAAUAUGAACAUUAAGAACUGAAACGGAGAGACACCCCUUUUGACAGCCUCUGCCCGGGGCUACCAAGACAUUGUGGAGUGCCUGGCUGAACAUGGAGCUGACCUUAAUGCCUCUGAUAAGGACGGACACAUUGCUCUUCAUCUUGCUGUGAGACAAUGUCAGAUGGAGGUCAUCCAGAUCCUCCUCAGCUAGGGAUGUUUCAUCGAUUUCCAAGACAGGCAUGGCAACAGCCCUCUGCAUGUGGCCUGCAAAGACAGCAACGUGCCUAUUGUGGUGGCCCUCUGUGAAGCCAGCUGCAGCUUGGAUAUCUCAAACAAGUAUGGACGAACGCCUCUGCACCUUGCAGCCAACAAUGGGAUUCUGGACGUGGUCCGCUACCUCUGCCUGACAGGCGCCAACGUGGAGGUGCUGACCUCAGCGAGUAGCCUUCUGGCAGGAGAAAGCGAUCGCAGACGUCUCAGGGCUCCUGGGCAUCAGAGGAAAGGGAUUGCUUGGCAACUGCAUUCUAAAGCAGACAGGCUGCUAUUAGCUACAGCAUCUCCACUGUGGUUACAUAAACAUUUGCCCACGCAGACCCAGGGUGAUAUCCUGUUAACUCUCUGUCCCCUUCUCAUUUCUCUGUUCCUGCGCUGCCAGGAACGCCUGCUACUUCCCACUGGCCGAGUCCCCGUGUUACAUGCAGUGCCUUUGCAGGUUUUGUUAGCUCUGGGGGGGCAGCAUGUCAGCCAGGUGAAACACAGCUCCAGGCUCACUGGCUCUGCAUUUUAUGAAAUUACAGUCCAGUGUCCUUCCUGCGAGUGUGGAGUCUUUAUUCUCACAGACACAGUGUUGCAAUACAAGGGCGCAGAUGAAUCUGUCAUCCACAGAGUGUCCAUCAGUCGUGCAGAGAAACUGAAAUCUGGCCUUCCUGACGCGCACCGAGGACUCUUCACCCAGCAGCUGCGACCCACACAGAACCUCCAGCCGAGGAUCAAACUGAAGCUGUUCGGCCAUUCCGGGUCUGGGAAAACCACCCUCGUGGAGUCUCUCAAGUGCGGGCUGCUGAGGAGUUUUUUCAGAAGACGCCGGCCCAGACUCCCCUUCACCAACUCCACCCGGUUCCCGCCUUCACCCCUGGCCUCCAGGCCUGCAGUCUCUGUGAGCAUCAGCACCCUGUACCCGGGCUGUGAGAAUGUGAGAGUGAGGAUGUGCAGCAUGAUGUUCGAGCCAGGCCUCACCGAAGGGACACUGGAGGUGUUGACGGCCCCGUCCCACCACCCAUACUGUUCUGCCGAUGACCAGUCCACUAAAGCCAUCGACAUCCAGAACGCCUAUCUGAAUGCUAAAGCAGUGGUUCUUCAGCUUACAGCACAGGCAGAUCCCCUGGAGGGCGUGUGGAAGCAGACUGCCCGGCCAGUCCGAGUGCAGAAUAGAGCAGGUCUGCAGGCCUCCCAGGUGUUGCUGUUGUACCGGGAACACCACUUUGAGAACCACUGGCCCUAG